AUGGACAUGCCACCUCCUUUUGUUGAAGAGACGAAGGAGGGCCCUCCCCCGCAAGAGACCCAAGCACCAGCAUCCCAAACAACAUCUUCUUCCUCCUCCAUCACUUCCGAAAAAGCCAACCUCGACAACGACAAUGGCGCCUCCUCCACUCCUGAAGAAUUUACCAUCUCCACGCGCUUCGUUAUGGCCUUUGUCGCUCUGGCCGUGUUAACACUCAUGGUCGCGCUGGAUGGCACUUCGAUCAGUGUCGCCCUUCCCAUCAUUGCGAAAAAGCUACGUGGAACAGCCAUUGAAGCGUUCUGGGCGGGCACCUCAUUCCUGCUUGCUUCGACCGUGUUUCAACCCAAUUUUGCCUCGUUCAGCCACAUCUUUGGGAGAAUGCCUGUGAUCAUGGUUUCUAUCGCAUUAUUCUUUGUCGGGGUUAUGAUAGCAGCCUUGUCAAACAAUUUUGGUCUACUACUUGCGGGGAGGUCGAUUCAAGGAAUUGGUGGAGGUGGUGUCAUUGCCAUGACCGAGAUAGUCGUCACGGACCUCGUCCCGCUCCGCUACAGAGGCCAAUGGGCAGGCAUCAUCGCAGGGAUGUGGUCCAUUGGUUCGGUCUCCGGCCCCAUCAUCGGCGGUGCCUUUGCCCAAGUGCAAUGGCGCUGGAUUUUCUGGCUCAAUCUCCCCUUUAUUGGCAUCGGCGCUGUCAUGGUCCCCUUGUUCCUGCGCCUCAACAUCAUACCACAGAGCAUUACUGCCAAACUGCGGCGCGUGGACUGGCUCGGCACGGUCAUCUUCGUUGGCAGCAUGACGAGUUUCCUCAUCCCUUUGACAUGGGGAGGUGUCAUGUACAGCUGGUCGUCGUGGCGGACGCUAGUGCCGUUGUUUGUCGGCGGCGCGGGCCUGAUCGGAUUCUGCUUCUACGAAGCAUACCUCGCGCCCGAGCCCUUGCUGAGACUGUCCGUGUUCGGCAACCGCACCGUGAACAUUGGAUAUAUGACGACGACCCUCCACGGCAUGAUCCUCUGGUGCAUUCUGUACUACCAACCGCUGUACUUUGAGGCCGCCAAGGGCUACACGCCUGUGGUGUCGGGCGUUGCGCUCUUUCCCGCAACAUUCACCGUGGCGCCCAUGGCGGUGGUGACGGGCUUGCUGAUCACAAAGCUCUCCGCAUACCGCUGGGCGAUCUGGCUGGGCUGGGGCAUCGCGACGCUGGGGCUGGGCCUGCUGACGAUCCUGGACGUCGACACGACGAUCCCGCAGUGGAUCUUCAUCGACCUGGUCUCUGGCAUCGGCCUAGGCAUCCUGUUCCCGGGCCUGCAGUUCCAGGUGCAGGCAGCCAGCACGAACAAGGACAUGGCCUUCGCCGUGGCCAUGUUCGUCUUCUUCCGCUCGUUCGGCCAGGCCCUGGGCGUCGCCAUCGGCGGCGUCAUCUUCCAAAACCAGAUGGUGAAAAACCUGCAGAAGUACCCGGCCUACGCCGCCCUCGCAUCGGACCUGGCCAAGGACGCCGCCGCCCUCGUCGAAAUCAUCAAGAACACCCCUGCGGGCGCCAACAAGCUGGACCUCCGCACCGCCUACACCGACUCCCUGCGCACUGUGUACAUCGUCAUCGCGGCGCUGGCGGGCUUUUCCCUUGUCGCGAGCUUGUUUAUUAAAGGCUAUGAUUUGAACGUCGGCCUCGAGACCGAGCAGGGCCUGAUCGUCUCGGGGAAGAAAGCCAAGGGCGGUGAAAGCGGCCGGGACGAAGAGGCCGAGGUGGAGCAGCAGGUCCAGGUCGGAGGUGAAGGUCCCAAGUCAAGAGGCGACGUGUGA